AUGUCGCUGCUUUUGUUUGUGAUAUUUCUGCUUCUUGUGACAUAUAAACUAUACAGAUUUGCUUAUGACAAACCGCCUGAUACACCUCCAGGUAUUAUCAGACUUCCAAUAGGAGGAGCUUACUGGUUGUUGUUAUGGGGAAACUACAAAUUUCCGUACUUGACCAUUGACUAUUAUGUGAAGAAAUUGAAGUCAAAAAUUAUUAGCUGCUACAUGGGUAAUGACUUCGUGAUAAUAGUCAACGAUUACCAGAACAUAAAGGAAGUACUCGCAAGAGAGGAAUUUGAUGGCCGAGUUAGCGUGCAAACUAUUAGAGAUCGAGCUUUCGGAAAGAAUUUAGGUAUAUUUUUCAUCGACGGCUUGAAAUGGCACGAACAGAGGAGAUUCGCCCUUCGUUAUAUGCGCGAUUUCGGAUUUGGUCGACGCCAGGAAAAGCUCGAGACCGAGAUCAUGGAUGAAAUGUCUCUACUCAUCGACAUUUUGAAAAACGGGCCCAUUUACGAAGGAGAAAAGGAGAUAUUAAAAGGCAACUUGGCAUUCUUUCCGGACAUUUUGUAUGCAUCGUCAGCUAACAAUAUAUGGAAUGUUAUGUUCGGCUACAGAUUCGAUAGAAGCGAACAUGAUAUUUCGCGACAACUCUGUCGUGCGGCUGUGAAGAUGCAAAGAGGAAAUGAUACAACUGGCGGUGCCAUUUUCCAGAUGCCAUUCUUGAAACACUUUGGUAAUAUGUUCGGAUACAAAGACCAUAUAAACGGAAGCAAUACGAUGACGGCUAUUGUUAAGAAGUAUUUAGAAUAUCAACAAACUAUUCUCAGCGAGAAUAUUGAUCAGGGAUUCGCCGAUAUAUAUCUAAAAAAAUUGAACGAUGAUAAAAAAUCAGAUACUUUUACGAAAGAACAAAUGAUCAUUUUGCUAAUUGAUAUGAUGUUCCCCGCUUUUUCUGCGUUACCAGGAGUUAUUACUCAUGCUAUCAAAUAUUUGAUGCAUAAUCCUAGAGUUAUGAAGAAAGUACAAAACGAAAUAGAUAACGUUGUUGGAACUGGACGAUUGAUCACGUGGGAUGAUAGAAAAGAUUUGCCAUACUUGGAGGCAAUAAUACGAGAAACGAUGAGAAUUGAAACAAUCACGCCUCUCAGCGUAAUUCAUAGAACUGUGAAAAACACUACAUUAAGUGGUUACAAGAUACCAAUAAACACACCAAUUUUCACUAAUUUAGCGGCGAUGCAUCAUGAUCCGGAUGUAUGGGGUGAUCCUGAAAAUUUCAGACCGGAAAGAUUUCUGAAAGAGGAUGGGCAAUUAAUCAAAGAUAUUACGCUUCCUUUCGGUUUCGGUCAUCGAUUAUGUGCAGGAGAAACUUAUGCAAGAUACAAUUUUUUUGGUACACUAGCUCUGUUACUACAGAACUUUAACUUCUUUUUCGUUGAAGGUGAACCAUCAAGCCUCGAGGAUAAGGUACCAGGUCUUACCGUCAUUCCUAAAGAAUUGUGGAUACGCUUAGAAUUACGUUGAUAUUUUGUAAUAUUAUGAUAAUAUGAUAAUGAAAUCAGUAAGAAUAUUUCCUAUCUUAACAAUCGAUUACAAUUAUUAACAAUAAAUAAUUAUAUUAUAAUUUAACAUACUAAUUUGUAAUAUCAGACAUAAUAUUUACGUUAUGAGUCAUCGCUUUUAAUUAAAUAAGGAAUAAUUUAGUUCGAUAAAUAUGUUGAUAAAAUAU